UAUGUAUAAUGCUAAUUCUGCUCCUCCCCCACCUAUUGGUUUCAACCUCGGUGGGUCAAGUGCUGCUCCACCUUAUCCACAACAGUCUGCUUACAACCAACCAGCUGGGCAGUAUGCUCCUUAUCCACCAGCUUCUGGACAAUAUGGGGAUUCGGCACCAUAUCCUGGUGGUGGCGGAUUUGGGGCACAACAACCACAGCAACAAUAUUUUGGAAGCGGCUAUCCAAACCAGCCAUCAAAAAUGUCUGGACCAGCUCCUUAUGGUAGUGAUCCUUUUGGUAGGUUCUAAAGACGUGAUGUUUAAAUGGAUAUACCUAUUAUGUUUUACCAAAAUUUUAACCCUAAUACAACAUAU